AACAUAUACUGCUUAAAGCUCACUAAAUUCGUCGAUCUUGAGUCAUCUUGGUGAUGUUAGCAGAAAAAAUCCUUGGUUGCAUAUUUGUCAGCAUGUUCAGCACAAGUAAAUUUAACCAACUAUCACUCGUGAGUCUGCUUUUGUUAGUCGCCUUGACAAACGCAAGUUGCACAUCAAGUUCUAUUUCUCCUGGAAUUCCUGAUAUCGACUGGGAAAAGGUUCAAUCGAAAGCUCCAUGGUAUGAUGUUAUUGACAUUCCACGCCCCCAGGAACCUGUUGGAUGUUGGAAGUUUAAUAAUUUCACGGAUGAAGGGGACAUUGUCGUUAUAACCGCAGAGAGCUUCAGUAACGGAAGGCAAGUAAAGAAUAAACACCGAAUAUAG